AUGCUUGUCUGCUUAGUACUGGCAGCUUCUGCAUUGCAGGUCCCUGCUCACUGGGAGAUCAUCAAUUUUGAGAGGGCCCUUGAUGCUUCCAAAUCCUAUCUUAAAAUGAGACACGAUGUUACUGCUACCAACAUUGGUACUGAACCUGUCGAUGAAUUUGUCAUUGCCAUUCCAAAAGAGGUCGAUGAGAACCGUGUAAUUAUGAUUCCAAUUCUCAGGUCUCCAAAGACCGAUCGUGCUUUCCUUGAAGCGCAGAAGAUCGAGGUGGAGGAUGGUCUAGACGAUGUUGUUUAUUACGUCAUGAGCCUCCCCGUCCCUAUAUCUCCAAAAUCCACCAUUUCUCUCAGCAUUUCUAUAAUUGCCACGCAUCAAUUGAAGCCGGUUCCCGAGUCUGCUCCAAUGAGAGAUAUUCAAGCUCUGUCUUUGAAGACGUUGAAAUAUCCUAUCAGUCCGUAUGUUAUUCGGAAAUAUGCAUUGGCUCUAAUGAAUGUUGCCAACGGCGAACUUAAGUCCGACUCGAAGGAGAUAGAGCCUAUAGUGUUAGAUUUUCACAAUGAGGGAAAAAACAUCAUUUCUGACCCUGGGCAAGGUACUAUCAAACCCAACACGUAUAUUCCACUGAAUGUUUACUUCACCAGUACUGAGCCUUUACCGUAUGUCACUCUCCUUCAAAGAGACUAUUGGGUUUCCCAUUGGGGUAAUACUCUUCAAUUAGAGGAGUAUUAUGAAUUGACGAAUAAUGCAGUUAAAUUGGAUUCUGGUUUCAACAGAGCCGAUUGGAUUAAUCAACGACUAGGAUAUAAAAUAACUCCUGCUAUGACAUCGAUCCAGAUUUUGUUGCCCGAACAGCAGAUAUCUGAUGCAUACUUUACGGAUAAAGUUGGAAACGUCUCUACUUCUCAGUUUGUCGCUGAUAGAAUGGUGUUGAAGCCGAGAUUUCCUAUCUUUGGAGGCUGGCAUUACAACUUUACCGUUGGAUGGAAUCAUAAGUUGAGUGACUUUUUGAAGAAGGGUCCUAAGGAUGAGUAUAUUCUUAAAGUGAAGUUGAUGGAUGGGUUGCACGACGCUUCCUACGAGAAGCUCAAUUUUUCCGUCUAUUUGCCUGAAGGUGCCGAGUACAUCAGUACUUUUAUCCCAUUCAAACAUGAGGGGCUCUCUAUAGAACACUCAUAUUCUUAUUUGGAUAUCGAAAAUGGACAUACCAAGAUCACACUCACAUUCAAUAACCUUGUGGAUGAAUUGAAAGAUGCUGAUGUGUAUGUCCGCUACAAAUAUUCAUUCGCAAGUUUGAUCAGAAAACCUUUGAUAACAUCCCUAUACGUAUUUAUUACGUUGCUGACAUUGUACGUGCUUAUGAAGGUUAAUCUUUCAAUCAGACCUGCGAGAAAGAUUGAUUGA